CACCCCGCGCCGGUGUAGCUGAGGACCCCGUGGAAAGUAUCAUGGCAGCUUCAGUGCCGCAACCGCCUCCUCAGGUCGCAAGCAAGCGCAAAAGCAAAGCCCAGUAUGUGCCAGCCAAGCGGGCUCGGCGUUGUGAUGCCGGCGGUUCGCGGCAGCUGGAGCCGGGGUUGCAAGGUAUUCUUAUUACCUGCAACAUGAACGAGCGCAAGUGCGUGGAGGAAGCGUAUAGUCUGCUAAACGAAUACGGUGACGACCUGUAUGGGCCUGAAAAGUUUGUAGAAAAGGAUCAGCAGCCCUCUGGAAGUGAGGAAGAUGAUGAUGAUGAUGUGGAGUCUGCCUUGAAAAAAGAAGUUGGAGAUAUUAAGGCUUCUACAGAGAUGAGAUUAAGAAGAUUCCAGUCAGUGGAGAGUGGAGCAAAUAAUGUAGUCUUCAUCAGGACACUUGGCAUAGAGCCUGAGAAACUGGUGCAUCAUAUUCUCCAGGAUAUGUAUAAAACCAAGAAAAAGAAGACUCGAGUUAUUCUACGAAUGUUACCAGUUUCAGGCACAUGUAAAGCUUUCUUAGAAGAUAUGAAAAAAUAUGCAGAAACAUUUUUGGAACCCUGGUUUAAAGCUCCAAACAAAGGGACAUUUCAGAUUGUAUACAAAUCUAGAAACAAUGGUCAUAUGAAUAGAGAAGAAGUUAUCAAAGAAUUGGCAGGAAUCGUGGCCAGCCUCAAUUCAGAAAAUAAAGUAGAUCUCACCAAUCCACAGUACACGGUGGUAGUAGAAAUUAUCAAAGCUGUCUGUUGCUUGAGUGUUGUGGAAGAUUACAUGCUUUUCAGAAAAUACAAUCUCCAGGAGGUGGUGAAGAAUGCUAAAGACCCAUCACAGCUUUACCCAAAGCUGGGAAAUGGGAAAGAAGUAAAAUUGGAACCUGACAACAAAUUAAAUCAGAAUGAUGCAGCAGACGGAAAUGGGAAGAAACAAGAGGUAUCAAAGAAUUGCGAGGAGCAAGAUCAGCCAAAACCAAGAUCUGAGACAGAGGUACUAAUGAAGGAAGAAGUGGGUAAAUCUGAGCCUGCAAGUCAAAUCACAGAUGAAUCCAAAUCAAAUGAAAAUGACCUCUUAUAGAGUUCAUUUGUAUUAGAGAUGAGUUUCUCAACUGGGAUUCUCUGAGAUGGUCCUGGGGUUUUGUGUAAAAUUCUGGCUUAAAAUAGUCUUAACUUUUGUGUGCUGCAUACAUAGUGCUGAUCUUACAGUACUGAGCCCUGUUAUUUGUAGUUUCCUCAGAGCUCUUACAGCCCUAUUUGGUCCAUAUGCUAUCUAUCACACUGGAUAGUGUGGUAGAAGGAUGACAUGGUUCUCUCUGCUGAUUACCUCCCCCUUUGUACUGCCAACUGACUUAGAACAGUUACUGAGAAACAGAAAACCAGAAGGAAAGUUUCAUUAUAAGUCAGUUUGGUGUGUUUGUUUUUUUAAAUAUGCUACAACUCAGCUAUCCUCUGCCACUUCUGUUACAAACACUGCAAAAACAGGGAUUGUGUAAGUUAGAAGUAAAUUGUUUUGUGAUGGUUUUGUA